AUGGCGACACCAUCUACAUUACAUAAACUUCCUCUACACUCUGCAGCAAAAGAAAAUGAUAUUGUUAAACUCGAACAAUUUUUUCUUGAUGGAGAUUCUCAUACAGUUAAUCUACAGGACCAGCACGGUAGGACGGCACUUCACUGUCUUUUGGAUUCUCCUACCUUUUCUGAUUUGGAAGAAGUAAAGAGAGGGAUUCAAAUCCUUUUAGACAACGGAGCGGAUAUCAACAUCCAAAACGAACAUGGAGAGACGCCACUUCAUACGGUGGUUAAAAACUAUUUGGAAUUUAUUCCAGAAAUUAUUCGGUACAUAUUGACUCACAGCAAAAAUUACGUGAUGGACAAACAGGAUGAGAACGGGUACUCUUUAUUUCAUUUGUUCAUGUCUGACUUCAGUGACCUUGUCAUAAAAAGUAAUGGGUACAAGAAACUUUCGCAAGAAAAAAAUGAAUUCCUUCAAAGUUUACUCCGAGGGGAAAUUUUGCAAUACAAUUUUUCUGCACUGCUAAAUCAAAAGGAACGGAAUGGGUAUUCUGCGUUCCAUACCUACAAUGGAAAUUCCGAUUGCUCCCCAGAAAUAAUACAAUUAAUGGUCAGAUGUGGAGGUGAUGUAAACACAGCUUCUAAAUUAGGAAUCACCCCUCUUAUGGAGUCAGUGCUCAGAGGGCGGAGGGAUAUUGUGGGAAUUUUGUUGAAGGCAGGAGCAAACCCGAAUCAAACAGACAUAUUUGGUCAAAGUUGUAUCUUUCGUGUCUAUACGAACGAUUGUUUUGAAUUGCUGAAUCAGUUUGGCGCCGAUUUUCACAUUAAGGAUAAGUUUGGAAGGAUUCCGAUCACAAAUAAUGCACUGUACACCCCAGAAGAUCUCCCCCAUUCAGGCAUUGUCAUCUCAAACGAAUUCUCUCAUUAUCCACCUUUAAUUGAAAAGUUUUUAGACGUUGGGAUUAACAUCAAUGAAUUAGACAAACAUGGUUCCUCUGCACUUCACUAUGGUGCGUGGUAUGGAGAUCCCACAAUGGUGAGAUCACUACUACAACAUGGAGCAGAUUUGAAUAUUUUGGACCACUAUAGCUACUCACCUUUGGAUUUAGCAAUGCACGUAGGAAAUGAUAAUCUUUACAUAUUCCUCGGUAACACAGAUGAUGGGGAAAUUCGACCCGAGUGUGAAACAAGAUAUUGCAGACUUCUUAUUAAUGAAGCUGAAACAGACAAUAUGAAGACUGUGCUGAAUGAUUAUUUAGGAAUCAGAGAUGAUCCAAUUUAUCUUGUGACGUCACUUGCGAAAUCCCCGAGGUUAGGAAUGACAGAUAAAAGACCCGAAUCAAGGCUUAUCAAGUCGGAGGUAACAGACCUGAUGGAAAGAAUAGCGGAUGUUGUUGGAAAAUUGAAUCCGCUUUUUUCCUGUAAAAUUUAUCCAACAGGCAGUUCGUCUGAAGGUACAAAAGUGGGGGAUCCAGACGAAUUCGAUUUUGUGUUCUGCUUGGAAAACUUUUCAAAACACUGUGUACCACACCAGGAUGAUGUUUUAUUGAACAGCGGGUUUGUAAGUUUAAAGAUUGAGUCUAGUGAAAGCGUGAAGAAAUUUGAUUUAUUUCUUGAUGGAAAGAUUCUUUCAGCAGAAGGUGUUCGGGAUACUUUUCAAGAUCUGGUUACUUCUGCCCUGAAUACCGCGAGCACAUGGACCUCCGAAUAUUUAUAUUUCGACGGUCUUCUUGGGUUUCCCAUGGAUAAACCUGUUCUCAAACUGGAAAUCCAUUGGUUUGGACCCUUAAUGAAGCACAUGAUAGUCGGUGUAGAUAUUGUUCCAGCGGUUUUGUCGAAGGAUUGGCGACCCGUGGAAUUAAGUGAAAAACAGCCUCUAUUUUCUGUUGAGGAACAGUAUAUGUUUAUUCUCAACUCACCAGAAAGCUAUCAAUGGAACGAUAAAGACAGUGAGCAUCUAGUGAGAAUUUCUAGCUGUCUAAUGGAUAAACAUUAUCUAAAGAGCCUUCCUCAAAUCUGUACUGAAAGUUACGCAGCAGCCAAAAUUCUGAAAAGCUCUAAUUUUUCUCCUAAUGUUCAGUUUGACGAUGAUUUCACAUCGACAGACUCCUCAUCAUUUGGUGAUUUUGAAGAAUCUUCUCAGAAUUCGGACGGAAAACAAGACAUUAAUCCAAUGAACAGAAAUGGAAGACGUAACAAAUACAAAAGGGAAUACAGCGGUUACAACUCUCAAAAUGUACAUGCGUUCGUUAAAUCGCUACCUUUUGAAGAUCCAGUAGAGGUAUCAACAUCUAACGGACGAUCUGAUGAUAUCACUGACAGAGAUGAUACACAGAGAUCAAAAUGCAAUUUUACCAUGAAUUGGCUCAUGGACAUUGAUGAUACAUGCAAAGUUCGGAAGAUAUUUACCCCCAGAGAUGAAAACGAGUUAUUGAUUGAUGAGGGUUUUUGCAAAACCUCACCAUCUGAAAAGAAUAAAGAUUAA